GACGCGUGUGGGCGGUGACUUGACAGCCAAAAUCUGCACUUUCCUUCGACUUUCUCUCGGAGGUGCGAAAGGUGUUCACUUCAUUCGGGGGCUCGCAAUGCUUAUUCGGUAGCUGGCGCCUCAUAAGUGUACGCGUUCUAAACGCGCGCAACGACGGUCGUUCCCUUGCGUCACACGGUGCAUCGCGCGUGGUUCAAACAUAUUCAAAGCACCUGCAUGCGUCUUCCGAGUUUGAGUUUAUAAGGAGUGUGGGUGCAAGGAAGUAACUUAUCGUGGUGGUUGGCGAGCGAUGAGAGGGUGUCAUGGCAUCGAGCAGUGUCUUAGUGAUUGUAGCGCUGGUGUGCGUGCUGGGCGGCGGUGCGCCUGCGCGGUUUCCCGACUUUUUUUCUCUACACGGUUGGUGGACGAAUGCGGAUCAUGUGCAGGACAGUUCUGAUGUCCAAGUGGUGUACCUGCCAGCCCUCAUCCCUCGGGAGGCUCAACUAGCUGCUGACAAGGCUAUUGAUGACAUCCCUGUGCCGUACAGCUUUGAUGCCUUUGGACGAAAUUUUGAGCUACAGUUGGUUCCGAAUCGUCGGCUGGUUUCACCUGAGUUUCGAGUGUGGACUGACCUUGGUCAGGAAUCAAAACUUUCGGCAGUAGACCCAUCAUGCCACUUUCUGCACUCCGGUCCGAAUUCAGUUGCAGCUUUCUCAGCUUGCAGAGAUCACUCUCUUCAUGGUCUAAUUGUCGUCGACAAUUCGACCUACGAGGUGCGUCCUCUGCCGCUAGGCGCUGGGCGGGCAGAGAACGGCAGCGGGCGCACAGCUCACGUGAUCCGCCGCGCGCCACCACCAGCCUCGCCCGGAGACGACGCACGGCCACUGCGUCCGCGAGUGCGUCGACCGCGAGCUCACCCACCACGGCUCAAACCAGGCCCUCCUAAAUACACCAUCGAAAUUGCCCUGUUCUUGGAUGAGGCCGCCUACAAAAUUUUCCACCCUUUUCUUAAUUAUAGCGAGACUGACUUGCGUGAUAUGCUUUUGGCGUACAUAAAUGGUGUACAAGCCCUAUACCAACAUUCGUCUCUAGGCACUCACAUCCAGCUGUCUCUUGUACGGCUAACGUUGCUACGCACCCAGCCUUCGUCGCUGCCCGCACACGCGGAGCGAGGCCUGCUUCUUGACUCGUUUUGUGCUUAUCAACGAUCCUUGAAUGUGGAGGAUGAUGACGAUCCACAGCAUUGGGACAUGGCGCUGCUGCUUUCUGGGUUGGAUUUCUACUCUUUGGAGGGCGGUCGUCGUAAUGGGGUGACGAUGGGGCUGGCGCCGGUCGGCGGCGUGUGCCUCCCCGCGCAUGCGUGCGUCGUGUCCGAGUUCGGCACGUCGGACCUGCUCGGCCGCCCCUAUCCCUCUGCCGGCUUCACUUCAGUCUAUAUCCUCGCCCACGAGAUCGGACACAACCUGGGCAUGCAUCACGACGGCACUGGCAAUAACUGCGCACGCGACGGAUACAUCAUGUCACCGUCGAGGGGCACCAACGGCGAGGCGUCCUGGUCCACAUGCAGCGCAAGAGUCGUGGCGGAUUUGCAAUGGGCGACGUGUCUGUUCGAUGGAGGCGAUGACGAGGACUUGGAUGCGCCGGUUGAGUUGCAGCACGAGAGGUUCGGCUCAGCUCCUGGUGCCAUCUGGAGCGCAAAGAAACAGUGCGAGGUCCUGCUCCGAGACAUAGACGCAGCACCAUCUCCGAGCGCGCCGGUCGGCGAGCACUGCGCGCAGCUGGCGUGCCGCACGCCGCACCGCGCCGGGUAUUACUACGCUGGACCCGCACUACCUGGCACGCCCUGCGGACCUCAUAUGUGGUGUCAAGGAGGCGAGUGCGUGCUGGCGAAAGCACUGCCCACAUCCAGCACAGCUGCUCCGAAGCCCAGCAGUGAACUGGAUAAUAGUCUGGGCGCUGGCUGGAGCCCGUGGCGGGAGGCGAGCUGCCAGUCCGGCUGUACCGAGCGCGGGCGCGGGUUCCGCGAGCGGCGCAGGACAUGUAGCGCGACGAAUACUGGCUGCCAAGGAGCGUCAUAUGAUGUCGUUCUAUGCAAUGACACUAAGGUGUGCGGCAAAAAGACUCGCGUGGCGGCGAGUGAGCUGGCCUCUCGCAAGUGCUCGGAGUUUGCGUCGCUGAUACCCGAGCUGGAUGCAAGAGGGGGCGGACUGCAAGCGCCGCAUGACUCCACUCGCAUGUGGAUGGGGUGUGCAGUAUUCUGCAGGCGCGUGUCGGGCGGUGGGUUCUACGCUCCUCGCGUGGAACUUAACGACGUGGGGAAGGAUCCCUACUUUCCAGACGGCACCUGGUGCCACAAUGACGGCAACCAAGACUACUACUGCCUUCAACACCACUGUUUACCUGAGAAUUUCAAGAUGACAGCGCAGUGGCACAUCUGGGAGCUUCCAAGCGAGGAUGUCGACGGACCCUUCAAUGCGCGUGCGUUGAUGACACCGGAUGACGAAGUGGCAGAAGACGCUAUACGAACCUACCUCUCAUUAGACCCUUCAGGGGUCCCCUUAGUCAGAUCAGCUUUACCACCACAUAUACUCGACGAACCAGAAAGCUAUUGGGAAGUUGAAGAUUACGUUGAUAUUCACAAUCAAAGGCAACAAUCAAAUAGAAAGAGAAGUCAAAUAGAAUAGAAAGAGCGCGUAACUGAAAUCAUAAAAAACUGCCCGCCAAAUAGACAAGCGACAUCUAGGCAUUGACAAGUCAUUUACUUGUCACUUAUGGAAAAGUAUUGUCAUUCCCAUACAUUUGAAUGAUUUAUGACAUCGCCCAGCAUUAUGUAUUCGCAUUUUUUACAUAGUGAACUUCGUAUAUAAAGCAUGAUCUUGCCAAAAUGUAGUUUUAAGGGUAGGUUAAUUGAUUAGUUGUAAGUUGGUGCGACCAGUGCCUUAAGCAUUUAUUAGAAGUUAGUUACUACAGUAUUACUGAAAGUAUUAGAAAUAUUUAAGUGUAAAUAAUAUCUUAUUCUGGAAAAUAUCGUGUUAUUUGUUUGUGUAUUCCUCAUUCCUAUGAACAAGGCGUGAUAACUUUGAUAAGUGUAACGUUUACAAUGCAGGGAUUAUAUUAAAGAGAUUUGCCGACCUUCGUUACGUAAUACAAGCGUUAGUCAUGCCUGUACGGCUGUAAAAAUCUUUGAAUGUAUACUCAUAAAUGUUAGAUAAAAACAACCUUAGCAAACGAAUAAAUCAAAUACUAGUCUUUCUAUUUAUAUUGAACAGAGCAGAUGUUUUGUUUUUUUAAAUCAUAGAGUAAGAUGUUCUAGUUUUAAACUUCAAUAAAUUUUAUAUCCUACUUACAGUUUAUAUGAAAAGAGGUAUUUUUAUGGCGCAUGUUUUCAA